AUCAACGGCGGCGAUCUUCUUCUCUCUUUCGCACGAAUUUUAACAGUUUAAUUUUACAAAAGACGACAUUGUACAUCUUGUAUUUUCUAAGUGUUUUAAUUAUUAAGACCGUCCUCUGUCUCGAUCCUUCCCCGAUUUAGGUAUAAUAUCAUCAAAUUGUUGGAGCAUUGUCGAGUGGGGAAAAAAUGAUGUAAGAAAAAAUGGGCUGCUCUCACAGUAAGAGACAAGCGUCGUCCAAGCCCCAACAAGUGAACGACGCUGGCGGACAUCACCAAGGCGCGACGAAUAACGAUCGGAUGAGGGAAACAGAGGUAUACUUUUGUUACUCUGACAGUAGCAUAGAUGAUACAAAAACUGUAUCUUUCGAUUUGAACUCAAGUUUUGAUGAUGACGAGGAUAUCAUUAGUAUUUACGGUGAAGAGGAUGUGCCAUUAUUUUGUGAAGAAUCUGCAUCAGCUUUCGCCGUCCGGACGUCAGUUUCGUUGCCUUCCAGCCCGACGUUCCUAAGUACCCAGACAAGCUCUACUGAUUUUCCAAGGCGAUCCAACUAAGUGUACCUUUCGAAUAAAAGCACGACGAGAAGAUCCACCGAGAAUCUGCUUUAGAGCUCACAACGCACUUAGAGAAUCAGUGGACACGAGGUAGGAUA